AUGGAGCCUUCUGCUGAUGUGCAGCUUCCAGGCUCCUCCGGUAACAAUGGAACUGGUUCACAUGUAGUGAAAAAUAUUUUCUUGAAGAAGAUGGAAUUUUCCAUGGUAGUGAUGGCAAUGUUGUCAAUGUUACUGUCAGGAGCUACAUGCCUUAUUCUGCAUACUAAAGGAUGUUCUGUGGGGAAACUUCCCCUUAAUAAGCACAAGUAUUUUCUGCCAGGAGAUUUCAUAAUGGCUGGGAUACUAUCUCAGUUCUACAUGAUAUCUGAUCCAGUUGAUUUCACAAGGCACCCAUCUGAAGAACUGGUUGAUGAGCUCAUUUAUUUCAUGGCAAGAUGGACUUACUUGGCUUCAAUGGAGCUUCUCUCAACACGUGGCAGAUUCAUCCCCAACUAUAAGUGUGAUGCCAAGGACUGGGCAGUAUCUGCUAUUGCAGGACCUAACUCUCACAUCUGUCCCUUCAUGGCAAACAUCUUGAAUGUCUACAAGAUGCCCCAGCUCACAUAUGGAUCUUCCCCAUUGAUAGAUGACAAGAUACAAGGUGCUUUCUUCCAUCGUUUUUUCCCAAAUGCUGAUCAACAGAUUAUGGGUAUUCUCCAGUUGCUAUUGUAUUUUAGAUGGAUAUGGAUUGGAUUGAUUUCUCAACCUGAUAAAAGUGGAGAGAGAUUCUUACAAAAUGCUGUUCCUUUGUUUUUGCAGAAAGGUAUCUGCUUUGACUUUAUGGAAGAGAUGGCCAAGGAAACAUUUUCUAAUGAUAUUGCAGGGGCAUUUAAAGAGUUUAGUAAAAUGUAUAUUAUCAUCAUGAAGAGCACUGCCAAUGUUAUCAUCCUAUAUUGUGAAAACCAGGUCACUGUCAUUUUUAGAAUGUUGCCCUAUUUUACAGAAUUUGAAGACAUACCCAUUGUGAGAAAAGAUAAAGUUUGGAUAAUGCCAGCCCAGAUGGAGUUUACAUCCCUUCCGUUUCAGAAAACUAGGCGUAUGGAAGUUUUCCAUGGUGUUAUAACUUUUUCAAUUUCUUCCAAGGAGAUUUCUGGAUUCAAUAAAUUCCUUCAGAUGAGAAACCCAACUUCAGAAGUGGAAGACCAUUUAAUGAGAGUGUUCUGGGAAGAGGCUUUUGAAUGUUCUUUUCCUAAAGAUAAGUUAGAUAAAGACACUGGAAUGCUGUGCACUGGAGAAGAGAAGUUGAAGAAUCUACCUAAGUCUGUGUUUGACACCACCCUGACUGGGCAGAGUUACAGCAUCUAUAAUGCAGUCUAUGCUGUGAGACACGCUUUACAAGCCAUGUUUUCCCCUAAACACAGAACAAGGGGAGAAGUUGGGAGAGAAACCUUUUUGACUCAUAAAGCAUGGCAGCUCAAUCACUAUUUGAGAACCAUUUCAUUUAAUAACACAGUAGGACAGAAACUCUCCUUUAAUGAAAACGGGGAUCUAGAGACUGGAUUUGACAUUGUCAACUGGGUCACCUUCCCAAACCAGACAUUUACUAAAGUCAAAGUUGGAAAAAUUGACCCAACAGCUUCUCCAAAUAAGCUGUUCACCAUUUCUGCACAAGACAUCACCUGGCCUGCCAUGUUUAACCAGGUUCAACCUCUUUCUUUGUGCAAUGACAAUUGCUGUGCAGGCUACAGGAAGAUGAAAAUAGAGGGGAAGCCUUUUUGUUGUUAUGAUUGCCUUCCAUGUGCAAAAGGGAAAAUUUCAAACCGGAUGGAUGCAGUUGAUUGCUUCUAUUGUUCAAAAGAUCAAUAUCCAAACAAUGCUCAAAAUCUUUGCAUUCAAAAAGAAGUAACAUUCUUGUCUUACAAUGAGCCACUGGGAGUCACCUUGACCACUGUUAGUCUGUCCUUUUCUGUCAUCACAAUUUUGGUGCUGGGAAUCUUCAUUAAAAAGCAAGAAACUCCGGUUGUCAAAGCCAACAACAGGAACCUCACUUACACCCUCCUCAUUGCCCUUCUGCUCUCCUUCCUUUGCACUUUCCUUUUUGUUGGGAAACCUGAUCAAGUGAAAUGUCUCAUGCAACAAACUACCUUCAGCACAAUUUUCUCUAUAGCCCUUUCCUGUAUUUUGGGUAAAACAACCAUAGUUGUUCUUGCUUUCAUGGCCACAAAGCCAGAUUCAAAAUUGAGGAAAUGGGUGGGGAAAAAGAUGGCUAUUUCUAUUGUCCUUUCUUGUUCCCUGUCCCAAUUCACAAUCUGCUUAGUGUGGCUGGCAAUUUCUCCCCCAUUCCCAGAUUCUGAUAUACACUCUAUGGCUGAGGAAAUUGUCUUACAAUGUAAUGCAGGUUCAACCACAAUGUUUUAUACCAUUCUUUGCUUUCUGGGAUUAUUGACUGCUGUUAGCUUCUUAGUAGCCUUCCUAGCUAGGAAGUUACCUGACAGCUUUAAUGAAACCAAAUUUAUCACCUUCAGUAUGUUGGUCUUUUGUAGUGUCUGGAUUUCAUUUGUUCCAACCUAUCUGAGCACUAAGGGAAAAUACAUGGUGGCUGUGGAGAUCUUCUCCAUUUUGGCUUCUACAGCUGGAUUAUUGGGCUGCAUAUUUUCCCCCAAAUGCUACAUCAUUAUUUUGAGACCUGAUUUGAACACAAAGGGAUGUUUAAUAAAGAAGUAG